UGUUAUUCAUAGCAACAUUAUUGUGUAAAAAUGGCGUCCAAGCACAGCAGCAGGCAGUCGAAGGAACAAUUUUUGAAUCAGAUGGUCAAAACUACCAGAUUACCCAAAGAGGAAGUUAACCAUCUCAUGUCCAGGUUUGACAGGCUAUGCAGAAAGGAAGAAGGAAAAUUGCACAGGGAUGAAUUUCGGGACGAGCUUAACAGAUCUUUCAACAUUACAGAUGAUAUCUUGAUGGACAGAGUUUUCAGAGCUUUUGAUAAAAGAUCCUGUGGAACUUUACGCCAAGAGGACUAUGUUUCUGGCAUUGCGAAGUUUCUCAAUGGUACUGUGGAUGAACAAGUACAGAUGGUUUUCGAUGUUUAUGAUCUGAAUAAUGAUGGGUACAUCUCUCGAGAAGAAAUGUUCCAGCUACUGAAAUCUUCUUUAGUGAAGGCACCCACUGAAGAAGAUCCAGAUGAGCUGGUGAAAGAGCUUGUGGAAAUAGUCAUGAAGAAAUUGGACAAUGAUCACGAUGGUAGGGUAUCCCUUCCUGAUUUUCGUGCAGCUGUUGCAGAAGAAAAACUUUUACUGGAAGCCCUUGGCAAAUGCCUACCUGAUGAAAAGUGCAAAAUGACAUUUCAAGAAAUGAUCAGAAUGUUUGGAUCAGGAACCUACUGCCCUUCAUCCAGUGUCAAUAUAAGCCAACAAAAAGAACAGAGAAGGCAAACUAGAAGUGGGCAAAAAGCAGCCUGAACCUCACAUGUGCUGUGUAAAACACAAUUUUAAAAAUGUUUCUGUGUCGCAUACAUUUACUGUGUUUCUCAAUCAAUGUGAUAAGGAGUAGGUCAAGAUAAGGCUAUGAGAUUUUCAUGCCCAUGAGAUUCAUAGGUGUCUAGAUGUACAUAACAUAAACUUGGGUAUCCGUAUAUUAUGGGUUCUGGCACUUUAUAAUGUACAUGUUUAAUCCAAUAUGUUUGAAAAACGUAUGUGCUGGAGAGUAAUGUUUUACGCCAAAUGCUCAGCCAUAUAUCUCGUCGGUGAUGAUGCUUUACAUUUAUAGAAAGAUGCGUAUACUUUUACUACAGCCUUUCAGAUGUGCAUUGUAAAUUAUUUCCACAAAAGUCCAAAUAAAUUAUCCUUUUUCAUUGCUAGCUUUUUUUUUUAAACGUAGGCUAAUUGAGAUAUUGUUCUCUUUCUAUUUUCUUUUUUUUUAAGAAAAAAAUUCAUGUCAUUAGCUUUACUUUUGUCUUUAAGCAUGAGCAAGUUUGUGUUCUGCUUUACUCUCUAUCAAAAUAAGUAUGUUUGGGCUCAUUAAGACAAUAUUAUAAUGGUGCCAUUCAUUUAGAAUUGUUCUUGUGAAACUUUGCAAAUCUGGUUUUUUCUCAGACUAUGCUUUUAGUUUCUUUUUUUUUUCCAAUUUGCACUGUACUUACAUACCUUUUUUGUUUUAUCUGGUUUUGUACAGUUUUCCCUCCUCCCCUCCAAACUCUGAAUUUUUAUGAAAAGAUAGGUUUAUUGAGAGUUUAAAAAAUAAUGGCGAAAUUCAAUGUUGCAUAAAGACUGUUUAUUUUUUUAAUGAAAACUACUUAUUUGCUGAGGGGACAAAUUUUCUAGUUUGUAGAAUUUAGUGGAAUUUUCAUGAGAGAAAUAGGAUUAUGUUUUAUCCAGGUUGAUUCAUUUUGGAAAAUAUUAAAUGGUACAAUACUUUUUCUGGUGAGGGAAGAAACUAAUUAUGUGAACAAAAUUAAUAUUUUGCAGUUUCAAAAGUAUUUUGCAAGAAAAUAGAUAUUGUAAUCGUCUAACAGAAUGUGCAAUUGAAAAUGUUCAUGUUAGCAUGUUGUUUUUUAAAAUCCUUCUGACAUUGCAGAUUAACGUAUAAAUUAAAUAAUAAAAAUGAUGUUUUAUUCUACAGUCUUUAUGAAUAUUAUAUUACAUAUACAAUACCUUGGUAAAUGUUAAAUGUUUUUAACAAGUUUUCUUCUUUUCCGCUGUAAUCAAUUAUUUGUAAGGAUGCACAAGUGGUGAAUGGUUUUUCUGAAUUUCUCUGCUUAUUUAUAUAAUCAGCACAUCAUUGAUCUGUCAGUUUUUGCUAAACCUGUGAAGGUGCUAUACUUACAGGCUUUGAAAAGCUCAUUUUCAUUACGCAAUGAGUCUUACGAAUUGUUUCCUUUAUUUUUACAUCUGUAAAUUGUUUGUUUUCACCAUUUUGCAAUUAUUGGGCCAAAAUAUCUUCCUGUGAUAUGGAAUAUCAUAAUUUAAAAGGAUCGAAAUUCACUGCCAGUUAGAGCAGUGAAUUUGUACAACAGGCCUUACUUUAUACAAAAGAAACACAUGCAUUUUAUACUGCAAUUUUAACCUUUGGUGUGCAUACUGUUGGUGACUUCAAAAUACAUAUUUUACUGCAAGUGGAUGCAAACUUUCAACAACAAAAUAUUGUGAGAUAAUCUUCUCCCAUCUAAAAAAUAUUUUAACAAGAUUUUAAGUCAUAUUGCUUGACAUUUGGCUUACACAGAUCAAAUCAAAUGAUUGAACUCUUUUAGUUUGUGACCUUUUUCACAUGCAUGAUAUUGAAAUCACAUUAAAGUUGCAGGAAUCUCAUGAACUGAGAGGCAGAGCCUCAAAGACAUUGAGAAAUCUCAAGUUGAAAAUAUUCAAAUACAGGAUGUCAGUACAAAAAUUAUAUGAAAUUAGUUAUUGGACUGACUGUUUUAGUUUUGAAUAUAUUUGAAGUCUACGUUUACACAUAAAAUGCUGUAACCCAAAAGUUUCAAAUGAAACAGUGUGAAAAAGAAUUUGUUUCCCAUUUUCCUUCAACAGCUGGAAAAAUUGUAAAACAUUGUUGCAUUAAACAGUGCUUUUUCUCCUUCAUCAUUAUAAAUGGCUGAAAUAAACUUUUAAAAACAAAUAUUUUUUUCUCUUAUUAGAGCUUUACUUUUUAGAAUGUACACAUUCAGGAGUAAAACUGAGUGAUAUCAUGAAUGGUGGCGUGAUGGAGUUUCUAUUAGUUCUAAUUGUGACAUGGUAUCAUUCAUGAUUUUAUUACACAAUCCAUUGUAUGUGAGCAAAAGGACCUUGAGGAGGGCUUGAACUCAAGGAUAAAAAUUGUAUCAAGUUAUAAAGUCUGUAUGCUUUGAAAA